UUGUUUUGUCAAAAGUUGUGUUUUUUGUUGUAUGAGUCAAACAAAAGUCCUUUUUAUCCUAAUAUUCUUUGACGGCCCGGUUCCGGAAAACGUAUUUUUAAUAAUCGUAAUUUCAAUCGAUAGUUGCAAUGAACAAGCCCCUGAGCCAAGAAGACAUUGCAGCGAUGGAGAAUCAGCUCCGGAAUUGCGUGGAAGACGACAGAAAAUACUGGCAAGUUAAUGACGUGAAAUGCGACGCUAUACACACCGCCAAAACCUAUGAGGAAUUUGCUGAUCGUGUCGCGGCCGCUCACUUGAGGCCUUUAGAGAAAUCCGACUACAAACAAAAAGUUCCACGGACUUGGAACCAGUGCGCUACGAACACGAAAAAUGUCGAAGAAUAAAAAUUUAUAAUUG